UUGAUGGGGCAUCACCUGCAAGCUCUGAAGGAUUUGACUUUCGGAUUAAUGGUUUUGGAGCCAAAAGAAAGAGUCUUGAACCUAAUGAUUGGGUUUGUGUUGGAGAAAUUGAUGACAAUAACCAGAGGUUUGAUUUCCUUCCAGGGACUCUAUGGCAGGAUGAGGCAGCAAGUGCUUGGUCUUCCCCCGGACCCAUGUCUAAGUGUGACGUGCUUACAGGUCUGGAUUUUUUGUCAAGGGAUUCAAUAGAGUCUUCUGCAAUAGGUGGAGAGUGUUUAGCUGGAGAGAAUGACCUUCCACCAGACUCAAUUGCACGUGUUGGAGAAUUUUUCUCAAGUCGUCAGUCUCUUAAAUCUGAAUGGUCUUCUGUAAUGUCAGAUCCAUUAUUUAGGACCAAAUCUCAGAAUGUGGAUAAUUUCUUUGAUGAGAAUGCACUUGAGAGGCGUAUCAAAUAUGACAAUAGAUAUGACUAUUUAGCGGAAAGGGUUGUUAAGGACCGUGGUUUUUAUUUUGAUGAUUCUUGGCGAAAAAGCUCAAGCCAAGAAGACUUCUCAAUAAGUUUUGCAAACAUGUGCUCAGGUUUUGAAAGUUGUGUUCGUUCCAAGCAAGAUAAUUGUAGAUUUAUCCAACAACAUAAUCUAGAUGAUGUUCUCUUUUCAAAAUGUCCCGAUAUAUUUAUUGAUGAAACAGAGUGGUUAUGUUUAGACUCGCAUGGUAAAUAUAAUGCCAACUGUUCUGCAGUAACGUCACACCAUAUUUCUUCAGCAAUUUAUGAUGUUGUGGAUGAAGGCCUAAAGGAUCCGAUUAUAUAUCAACAAGAAGGAUAUGUUUGUAAGAGAAGGCCAAAAAGAAGCCAUUUAACUCCACCUUUUUACAGAGGCAAGAAAAAAUUCUUCACCUUAAAUACCCAUUUGGCCAUGGAAGCAAAAAAACUCAAAGCCCAGGCCAUCAAUAAUGCCCCUACUUCACAAGAAACGAGUGGGUUGAAGCAUCCUCAACAAUCAUAUGGUGAAUGUCAACUAUAUUCUGAGCCAAAUUCUGUGGAAGAUCCAUUGAUCUACACCAGACCAAAUAAGAAGAAAGCACAUGACAUGAAGGACAUUAAAAAAUGUGAUACGCAAAAAUCAGAAGAUCUUAACAUUUACAGUAAGGAUUUGGUUGAAGGCAAAAGUUAUGCUUCCCAUUGAUCUAUGGGUGAGUAC